CUUGAAAAUACAAACCGGAAAAGAUAUUGACGCAGGUUUGUUGCUGUCAAAAGAUCGACCACACAGACGCCAAAAGGCUCAUCGGUGAAUAGAGAGCAACUACACAACUAUUGAGGUCACUGAAGUGUCUCUUGCAGGUUUCUGUCUCUUUACGGCCUUGUGCGUAUAUGUGCAAGCAUAUCCAGGACGCCACAUUCCAGUGUGUGUGACGGUGCGUUUAGCGCCAUUCUGCAUCAUAUGUGAUGUCUUCAGAGCUGCUAGUAGAUUUAGAAGACCCGGCGGCCGCACAGCUGGGACAGCUGAAGCUGGCCACCAUAGAGGACCAGCAGUGGCCGGCCGACGAGUCCACUCUGAGCAAGUCAGAGACGGACAUUUCCCAGCGCUUCGAUGCCGGCUCUCCCCACCUGCCCUGGGACCACCCUUUCUAUGACAUUGCUAGACAUCAAAUCAUUGAAGUGGCAGGCGAUGAUAACUUUGGCAGAAAGGUGAUAGUGUUUAACGCCUGCAGGAUGCCCCCACAGCACCAGCUGGACCAUCACAAGCUCCUGAUGUAUCUUAAAGGAACUCUGGAUCAGUAUGUGGAGAGUGACUACACGCUGAUCUAUUUCCAUCAUGGACUGACCAGUGAAAACAAACCAUCUCUCAGCUGGCUACGGGACGCAUACAGGGAGUUUGACAGAAAGUAUAAGAAGAACAUCAAGGCCCUGUACAUUGUCCAUCCCACCAUGUUCAUCAAGACUCUUCUGAUCCUUUUCAAACCUAUCAUCAGUUUUAAGUUUGGCAGGAAGAUCAACUAUGUGAGCUAUCUGAGCGAACUGGACGAUGUGGUCAACUGUGAACAGCUGGUGAUUCCGACCCGAGUUAAAGAGUAUGACAACAAAUUGAAAGCCUCCCUGAAACCGGCUGCACCAUCUCCCAUGUCUCCUCCUCACAGUCCUCCCCUCCCUGACCAAGUGUUCGGGGUGCCAUUGACAUUGCUCCGUGAGAGGGAUCCAGAUGGGCAUCCAGUUCCUGUGGUGAUGAGAGACACCAUUAGCUUCCUUUCAGAGCAUGGUUUGGAGAUUGAGGGUAUCUUCAGACGGUCUGCCAAUGUUACUCUGGUGAAAGAAGUCCAGCUCAAGUACAACACAGGUGUGACAGUGAAUUUCAGAGAGAUGGAAGAUGUCCACUUGGCUGCUGUGAUUCUGAAGACGUUCCUGAGGGAGCUUCCGGAGCCUCUGCUGACCUACCAGCUCUACAAUGACAUUGUCAACUUCGCCUCUGUGCCCAGUGAUAGCCAGGCGGACGUGAUGAAGACACUGUUGGAGUCACUGCCAAAGGAAAACUACGAAUCGCUGCGAUAUCUCAUCAGAUUCCUUGCACAGGUAUCAAGCAACAGUGAGGUGAAUAAGAUGACCAACAGUAACCUGGCCGUGGUGUUUGGCCCUAAUCUUCUGUGGGGGCGGGACAACGCCAUGUCGCUCAGCGCCAUUGGGCCAAUCAACAACUUCACCAGAACCCUGCUGGAUCAGCAGGAACUGGUCUUUACCUAACCACCAUCCCUUCAGCCUUUCUCUUCCGGUCCAAAACUCUACUGAGAACAUCAUUCCCCUGUCUCAUUUAGACUUUACUUCCUCUCAGCUCGUGACUGGAGAAAUAGGCCCUUAAAAACGCCAUACCGUUUAAAAAGAUCACAUGAACCAGUUGCAUGUUAUACUGUCUCACCAGUCUUUACAUGCAAGCUGGCCUAUUAGCGGUGUAUUAUAUGUUAAGCAGUCCAGACUACAUCCAGUUUCAAGUGACUCCAGAUGUUAAUGGAUUAGAUUGCAAGAAAAUAAAUCCCUAAACAGCAAGCACGACAUGCAUAUACAGUUGACAUACCAUUCAUUCACACCCCUUUAAUAAGUCAUCGGCACUAUCUAACAAGUACUAAUAAGAAAGCGGUAAUAAUGAGAUGAAAGAUAAAAUCCCAGAUUUUGUUACAGCCAUUUGUCAUGGUUUGUAAGUACCUCAAAGUUGCCGUAUGGGCCGAAGAAGAAAAUAUACCGUUUUUGAAUAUGGCAAACCUCCCUGUAUACCAGACUUCCAAAUCAGCAGGCACCUGGUGUUGUGCUCAGAGACGACUAAUUCCACGGUUUCCUCAUAAUCUUCUUAGCGAACAAGUUUGUAACAGGCUUUCUUUUGUACAUUUGUAGCAUUUGUAGUCUCCUAGUCAAGCUGAGAACUAGAAUCCAUGUGGAAAAUUGGGAGAAUGCCAUGGUCCGGCUGUCUCUAUGAACAACACAGUGUCAGACCGAAUACGAGAAAUGAAAUAGCAAGUCAUUCUGAUCUGGGUAGCACACUACAAAGUACUGUAACUUAAUGAGGGGAUGUAUCUUUCAUAACUUAUCAUUAUGUUGGAUCAUGUGUGAACACACCAUGUAGUGUCAUGGUUCAUUUCUGAAUCCUCCACCAUUAUUCCAAGCCAGUCCCUCAUGAAUCCAUUCCUAAGUGUACGUGUUUAUGUCUGUACUCCCAUUUGUCUUGGGCCUCAACACGGUGGCCAUUCACAAAUGUCACCUAACGUCCUUUAAUGAUGUGAGAGGAGAGAUGAAGAGAACGGAGGUGUGAGUUUGCAUCUCCAGGAAAAGACUCAGGUUUAACUUCUUCAACAAACAAUGAACCAAACAUUGUGGACAAUCUAUUAAAUGCUGUAAUUUAAAAAAAGAAACCAGUAGAAUAGAAGCUGUGUAGCUCUAGGAGCAGAUUCAGACACGGCUGCUCAAGUGGACGAAAUGAGUGCUGGACCUGGUGCAAUUUGAGAAUGAGGAUUAAUAGUUCUGUAUGACUCUCCUUACUAUAUUUGACUUGAAUAUUUUAUACUAUCCCCCAGUAUCUGCAUUGUUAAAGUCUGUUGCCGCUAUAGUAACUUUAAUUUAGGCAUGUAUCUCCUCAGAGUAGCUGUGUUUGCUGGAGUUCAGCAUCUUAAUUCCAUCAAAUGUACCCCAGUGGCAGAGAGUAGCAUUGAAUAUGCAUGUUUCUGGCUUCAUUACCAGGGACAUCUGGUUACGGACGUUUAAAGCAUCUUGAAGCAGUAACUCUAAGCGUCCAUGUCCAGUGUUUGUCAGUGCACCUUCCUGAUACCUGGUUGUAUGAGGAGACACAAUGGCAUGACAGUGUUUUCUUUAUUUAUUUUCAUUCAUUCCACAGUCUACAUGCCACAGAAUGUCCACGUAAGCACUGGGCAUCUCUGAAGGGUGUGUUUCAUUCAUAUCUUUAGUUGCCUUAAUGUUUUUGUCAAAUGCUGUGCCACUAAUGGAGUUUGUCCAAGUUGUAUGAUGGUUGUGUCAAGCCUGUGUUUGUGGCACAGGGUCUUUUCAUAACCGCACGUGCCUGAGUGGUUGAUCCCGCUGCUACAGCCCUUCAGACUUUCUUGCCACAUGUAUUUUCAUGUUUUCAUUUAUUACAUAUACACUUAGAAUAGCGAUGCAUGGCAUGCACAUCAUGCUAUUCAAUUAUCCAAGAUUAAAGGACGCACUUUGACCCAUCAAAAUUCAUUAUUCUCUUUGGCUGCCACAGUUAUACGCUUUGUUCACGUACAGCAGCAAGAUCGUAGAUCAGGGGUAUCAGACUCAUUUUAGUUCAGGUGGCCGCAUACAGCCCAAUUUAUUCAAACCAGUAACAUAAUUGCAUACUGUAAUUAGGAAUAGCAGUUACUUUUAUUGAAAAGUUGCAGUUAAGGUCUUAGCAAAUUCUUCCCAUGUUUGACACCCCUGUUGUAGACAGUGUGACAAGAGAUGAUCUAGUUGUAUAGCUGCCACUCUGCUAAAAUAAAAUAAAAAUAAAAAUAUUAGGUCAUUCAGGUACUAGAACUGGCCCUUUUUUAUCUACAUCAGUUCCUCUUGAUGGAAGAUGAUUCAAGGUGAGGAUUUGACGCAAAAAGUCAAACUUUUAGUUGAAUUCUAUAGCGUUUUAGUUUAAAAAAAAUUAAACAUCCUGCCACAAACCCAAAUAACACACACUAUUAUCAGAAUGUUUCUUGAUGUUAAUACCGUAAACACAAAUUCAAGAAAUUGUUGUGCCAAUCAUAGUCUUUAUGUACUAAAAAGGUUGGGACCGGAGGGCUAAGGUACAGUAGUGAUACACAGGACAGCUUUCUUGGCAGCUAGUAGGCCAGUUCUGGUGGAAGGUGUUCAUUAUUGUCACUACUAUUAAAGUCCCUGUAGACCCAAUAUCUGUAUUAAGCUUUAUGUUCUUUUGAUUCAUAAGAAAUUCUGUGUAAACAGACAAGAUUCACACUUUUUUUUGACUUGAUCAUUCCAUUCCUGUCAUCCAUCAUCUCUCAUUGUCUCUCCUGCAGUGAUCACUACCACAUAGUUUCCAGGAUUAAUAGUACACUAUGGCGUACAACAUAAUGCUUCAUAAAUGCUUAAAAAAAAGCUUUAUUUUUUACCUUCAUUCUGUUCCCAGUAUCUUAAGUUAAAGAACAUUUCCUCAUUUUCUGCCAUUCAACGCAUUGCACUCUACAUCAAAUUAAAAUAAAUCCAUUAAAAUAGAGCAGCUCUAAGUACUGUGACCUAUAAUUGUUAACAGAUAAUGUUGUAUACUUUAUGACAUUGGCUGGAAAAUAACCUUUUUUUGUCCUUGAUCCUGUGGACAUGCAUUAUCUGUGAAGACUCCCAAGUCAAAUUAUGCUGUUAAUCUAGUUGUAUUUUAAUUUGUCGAUGGCCAAAAUCAGUGGUUAGUAGACAUUAGUGUUGUAUUGUUGCUAUAACUCUUGAUAUGAUGUGACUGAAAAGCACCAAAAAAAUUAGAAACAUUGUUUGACUGAAGAUAAAAGCAAAAACAAAGAAAAAAACUGAACGAUUUAAUCUGUUGUGAUGACUCCCAGUUAUGUCAAUGCAUUGGUGAUUAGUGUAUAUAUGAUUGUGUGUAGUUGCGUGUUUAUCUGUAAACACUGACUCAGCUGAAUAUGUCUAUUGGGCUAGACCAUAGACUGUAUAUAAAUAUGGACAAUGCGUCCCGAGAGGGAGAGAGAGAGGGAGAGGGAGAGAGAGAGAGAGAGAGAGAGAGAGAUUACUUUAUUCAUCCCCGAAGGGAAAUAAGGUGAAUUAGAACUGCUUUAUCAAUGACACGCCCACAUCUCCUCCAAAUCCACUUGCAUUUUCAUUUAAUUAAUACUCUACCUCCACUAAGAAAUGUUGGUUAAGCCUGUACACUGUACUUAUUUCUUUAUUUUGUUCCCCCACUCUCACAGUCUUAUGGGACUGCUUGACAAAGUGGUUGCCAUGGCAAAUGGUAGUCAUUUCAAAAUGAAAAUUAUUAAAAAAUAUAUAUACAUGAGUAGCCUAUGCAUCAGCAUUACAUUUAUUACCUAAAAUGGCAAAAAGCAUCUUUUGGUUUGUACUUCAGUGUUUUAGUUUGGCUCAAUCAGUCACCAGGGGGAGCUCUACCUGCCUAGGUUUGACUUUUGAGAAGCUGUUUGGUUGUCCAUCUCCUUUUUUUAUAGUCUAUGGGCUAUUCCAUAGACUGUUUAAAUAUUGAAGUGGAAUUGUUCCUCAAAAGUGAAGCCAAAGCAAGUAGAGCUCCCCCUUGUGGCUGGCUACAGUAUAGGUCAUAAACUCCACCUCCUCCAUGUCAGCAGAUGGGAUUGGGGACAAACUAAAACUCUGUACACGCCAAAUAUUUUUUUUCAAGGUUGGUUUCUGUCAUUUUAGGUAUUUAAUAUAAUAUAAUACUAAUGCUUGUUUAAGUGCCAAUUUUUGGAAAAAAUUCAGCUUGAUUAGUUAUUUAAUGCUAUAAAGACAGGAUGUGACGUAAUGGCAACCACCGCUUGCCAUGCCAACUGCUCCAUCAAAAAAUUAUAAAAAAAAAAGAAAAAGAAGUACAGUAUAUAAUCCAAUAUUUCCUUGUAACUAGUGGAGGUAGAGCAGAGCGCAGCAUUGAUUAAAUGAAAACGCAAGUGAGGCUGGCAGAAGUGUGGUCUGGUCGACGAUAUUGUGGCUCCCCAUUUCUCCAUUCUCAGAAAGUACUGAGUAGGCUCUGGCUCCAAAAACGUUAGUUUGGCAAGAGCAAGGAAGUGGCAAGACAUUGUUCAUAUUUAUAUACUCUAUAGGCUAUACAUACAAAAAAAAUAAUAACAGAAAUAAAAAAAAUGAAUAAAAAAACAACAACAACAACCAGGGCCUUGUCAGCUAAGGUGUGCACGUGUGUGUGUGUGUGUGUGAUUGUUGUCAGGUGAAAACAUAGUAACUGUAAUAUGGAGAUUUCUGUUAUUUGACAUCAUGAGAAAGAUUAUCUUUUUGCUUCUCAUAAGCCUACUCAAAAUAACAAAAAAAAACUGAGCAAAGUCUUCUUAGAUUACGAAAAAAACAAAUGUCUUUAUUUGACAACAGCAAGGUGUGCAUAUUUGUUUGUUUGUGUGUAUGUGUAUGUAUGAAUUGUCUGCAUGCUUGUGCCUUAUUUGCCCACUCCCAGUGUGCCCAUUCUCCCAUAGAUUGAAGUACCACGAGUGCAUCUAAAGAGUAAAUGUAGCGAGUAAGAGUAGAGUUUCAUCUUCACAAAUUAAGUAAAAGCACCAAGUAUGGUGCCGUAAAAUAGCUCUUCAAAAAGUUGCUGAAGUAAAUGUAACGGAGUACAUCUGAUUUUCUUCUCCAAAAACACUUCAUAUUUAAUUUAAGGUUAAAUUUUUUUCUAAAUUUCUCUGAUAUCAAAUGAACCAGUAAUAAUAAUAAUUAUAAUAAUAAUUUAGAAUUCACUACAGUAAGAAAUAACUAAUCUAGUCUAGCCAGACUCAAUUCUGGCUUUGAGGCUAAGAAUCAACUGUAGUGUGUGUAAAACUGUUGUGAGUCAGCACUUCAUUUUGUGACCUGGUUAAAUUAGAGGUAAAAGUGAUUUUGAACCAAGUACAACUUAAGUGUAUUUAAUUUCCUGUAACGCUGUUUCUCUUCAACUCUUGUCUUAUGGAUCUUAGUACUGUAACUGUUGUCAUGGUGACAGUGAACAAUAUUUCUCCCCAGGAGAAAUGGUUCGGUUUUCAGGCCUAUUCAUUGAUGCUUAGUGAUUUUAUUUUGUCAACUCUUUUUUUUUUCCAUCCUUUACCUUUGAUAUAUUGUGGAUCUUAGUCUCAUACAGUAAAUGUAUGAUAUAAUGGUAAUAUAGUGUAAUAUCAAUGUGUGCAAACAAUAAACAAAUGGUGAAUAAAAGGUUUGGCUGUU